UGAGAAAACGUCACUACGCAGUCUUCUGCUACCAAAGCCACCGGGGAGAGAACCGUCAUAUCUUGAGAACUGUUGCGGAUUUCUUUUACUGUCUAAAACUAAAAAGGCUAGGCAAAAUGGAAGAGCAACAGAUUGCACCGGGCAAUGCGGAAGAUGCCGUGAAUAACCCGGGAGCCGGUCCUCCGCUGCCACACAGAGGGGAAUCAUUCUUUGCCAUAGCUAAAUCACUCAUGGUUCGGGCCCUGAUAAUCUAUUUCAUCACUUCAAUGUUCAGAAGACCUUCAGUACCUGUAGAGAAAUCAGGUGGAAUACCACUUUCAGCCAAAACAGUUUCAACCCAAAUCUAUGCCAAUGGAACAGCUUUUGAUAUGUAUGUUUACAUAUCAGAAAACCCCAAACAACCAGAUUUCAAUGAUCCCAGUCAACAUGUAUGGACACUGCCAAAUUUGAUCUAUGGAGACUGGUAUAGUGGACCAGAAAACAAUGGAAUAUUUACUCAGGAACUUGAAAUCCCAGUUCCUGAACUUGUUCAAAACAAUGGAUCCUUUUACCUUCACACUUUCCUUGUACGAACGGGUGAUUCGCCUGAUCCAAGUGGUGCUAGCGGACCGUAUAGGGCGGACUACACAGUGCACAGAACGAGGAAGAUGAAUCGACUUAAGAAGAGGAAAUAUGGCAAAACCCACAACCUGUUGACCGGAACCACGGUUGCCACCGAAGAAGAAAUCAUUAAAGCCGAAACUGUAAAAGAGGAAAUUCUGUCUCAUUGGCAUCCUAAUCUAACAAUUAACAUUAUAUUUGACUACACUGCUUGGACCAAAGGAUCCAUUCCCUCCCCAAUCGACCAGUUUAUAGAGUUUUCUAAUAGCGGUGAAUUCUAUAAACCUAUACUGUACUUCAACGAUUAUUGGAACCUUGUCAAAGACUACCAGCCUUUCAACACCAGUGUCAAGACGAUCCCAUUGCGGUUAACGUGGCAGCCGCUCUCAAUGCUUAAAUGGCAAGUGUAUGCCGCCCAGUCGAUGAAGAAUCAGUGGGCCCAAGGAGGCCCCUUGGGUUCUCUGUUGUACGGCGAAGUCAACGAUGAAGGAAUGGACGAAGAUCAAGAUUCGUUGAAAGAAGCCAUGCUCGAUACUAACCCAUAUCUGCUUGGUAUGACAUUCAUCGUGUCUGUAGUGCACAGCAUCUUCGAAUUUCUCGCAUUUAAAAACGACAUCCAGUUUUGGCGCCAGAGGGAAUCUUUAGAGGGUCUCUCAGUUCGCUCAGUAUUUUUCAACGUAUUCCAAUCCUUAAUUGUUCUGCUGUACGUUCUGGAUAACGAGACGAAUAUGAUGAUCCGUAUCAGCUGCUUCAUUGGACUUGGAAUUGAAGUUUGGAAGAUCCACAAGGUGGUUGACGUCAAGAUUGAUCGCGCGAAUCCUGUCUGGGGUUUCAUCCCUAUCCGUUUCGCUGAUAAGAGUUCGUAUGUCCACUCACAUACCAAAGAAUACGAUGCUCUUGCCUUCAAGUAUCUCUCGUGGGCCCUGUAUCCCCUUCUUAUUGGUUAUGCCAUCUACUCACUUGUUUACGAGGAACACAAAGGCUGGUACUCGUGGGUCCUCUCCAUGCUCUACGGAUUUCUUCUUACGUUUGGAUUCAUUAUGAUGACACCUCAGCUCUUCAUUAACUAUAAACUCAAGUCUGUGGCUCAUUUGCCAUGGCGCAUGAUGACCUACAAAGCACUCAACACAUUCAUCGAUGAUAUUUUUGCUUUCGUAAUCAAGAUGCCGACACUCUACAGAAUUGGAUGCUUACGUGAUGAUAUCAUCUUCUUCAUUUUCUUGUACCAACGCUGGAUUUACCGAGUCGAUCCAUCACGACUGAAUGAAUAUGGUGUUUCUCAGGAGAUGCUCGAAGUUCACCAACAAAACGGAUCGGUUAACGCCAUAGAGCCAGUUCUCGCUGCCGAAGCAGAUGAGGCAUCUGCGCCGGUUAAAUCCCCAAAAGAGAAAAAGACUGAAUAA